GACUGUUUAAACAAAGAAUGACGUUAAUAGUAGAUCACUGCAAACCUGGCUAACUGAAAAUCUGUAACGUUCCAGUUGGGAACUCCCCAGCUUUAGACAAAAUCCCCAUAAACCUCAAACUAGACUAUUAAAACAGUCAAGGGUGUAGCGGUAUCCCUACUUCUCAUUGGCGCCUUUAAUUUUAGGGGUUUGACUGCCUAUUUGGUGAUUACUUGCAGGUUGGUUUCGCUCUGAUGCAUAACUUGCUGGCCUUACUUUACACCCUGUGCAAACUUAAUUUUCGUCCUGGUUUAUAGAUUGUUGUUUCAUUUUGGCCACUGGUAAUGCUGGAAAUUUUAGCUUUACACAAGCAUAACUAAUGCAUUAUUUCAGCAUUCGUGUUUGACUGGGUAACUCUGAGGUGAGAUAGGAAAAGGUUAUGAUAGUUCGGAAUUUUUGUUUGGCAUGAACCAAUAGUUUCAACAAUAUACUAAACCUGUUCAGAUUUAGAUUUUUUGUUGAGGGGAAUAUAAGGCUGUGAGCCUAUCUUAAUCCUUUUUCAGUAGAUUUUUGUGCUUAUCCAUUCUUCCUUUCAAGGAGGCAAUUGAUGACGUGAACACCACUUCUGGUAGUUAGUUCUAGGAGUUGUUUACUGGAUAUGAUAGCGAGUACUCUACCGAGACUGUGUUCGUCCUUUUAUUUCAUAUUCUCCUACUAUGUCCUCUCAGCUUUUUCGACCUAGUAGAAAGGAAGAGGGAUAGCUCAAGUACAGAAUCACUCUUUAGGAUCCUGUGUUGCAUGAUUAGAUGUACCGUCUGUCUGAGGUGGGAUAGAAAGUGGAGGUUACGCUUCUUAACUCGAUCUUCAUAGGUCAGGCCAGCCAUCACAGGGAUCAUACGAGUGGUUGCUCUCUGAACCUUUUCCAGAAAAUAUAUGUCACCUUUCAGACAAGGAUUUGCUGCAUAUAUAGAUUCCUAGCUUAGACCUAACUAGGGAUAUGUAUUAGGUGGUAAACACCACUUACUUUUGUAAACGUUCUGUAUUAUGCUCAGUGUCUUAAAACUGCGAGCUGGGACCAGUCGAUAGUGUGAUGUGGUCUUCAAAUGAUAACGCACUGUAACUCCUAGGUCAUUAUGGGUCAGUACUUACAGUAGAGGAGUCCCAGCAAUAUCGUUGGUGUAGCCAUCUGUGUGCCCCAUAUGUAUGCUAACAGUUUCCUGCGUUGAUAGACAUCAGCUACUUUUCUGACCAGGUAAACAAGUUGGUUAGGUCUUUCUAAAGUGCACGUACACCCUCGUCAUCCCUAAUUUCCCGCCAGAUUUUUACAUCAGUGUAGAAAAUAAUCAUUCAUAUAUAGAUCAUUAAUGAUAUACAUUCCAACUCAUUUACUUUUCCCCAUCUCAAAAGACGAGGUUUUAGAGUUUAUAGAUCACAGCCAGAUCUACUUCUAAAAGUAUAUUUCUCGCUGUUUUUGGUCCGGUCAGCAAUGCUUUCAAAGCAAGACUGAAUCUCCAGUGCCACCAGUAGCAAUGUUUAAUACACGUCAUCGGCCUGUCAUCCUUAUUCCUAAAGACACGAUGACACAUCCCACCUGCAGUAAUCGGUUUUGAUGCAGUUAGUUUAGACGUGGUGUUUAGCAACUGGCCAUAUCACUGUUUUAACACACUGCAGACAACAACUGAACAGUUUCUUGUUAUUUUACUAAUAAAUGCUGAGAAUACUUUAAGACCCAUUUCUAUCACUGAAGGCUUGGGGUUUAAUAAUAAUAGUAAUAAUACUAAUAAUAAUGGUCACAUUGUUGUGGAAAAUUGCACAGAUUACAGUAGCGUGCUUCAGUGAAAAACUCCAAAGUGGUCACAUGUUUUCGAUUCUACUUACGGUCUUUUCGCUUCUCAUUUGAAUGUCUAUUUGGUGGUUUUCAAAUCUACCCCUUUUCUUUACAGGUUACUGUCUUCCCUUUGCUGAUUACUUGUUGACGUGGGCGUUUACCUAUUAAGGUCGUUGCUGGCUUUUCUCGGUGGCCCGUUUUACGAGGGUGGCUAUAUUAGAUUAAAGGUGGAUGGGGAAAGGUCGCCCUUCUUCUGGCUCUGACUCAUCGGGUAGCGAAGAUGAAGUGGAGUGGUUGCAGUCGCACCGCACACAAAAAAACUCCAUCCCAAACAACGAAGUGAUGCAUGACCCGAAUUUAGCUGGAAUUGAAGAGGGGGAAAUAUCCAGUGAUGAUCUUGAUGAGGAUGAAGAUGACGGUUUGGAUGAUAAUCUGAUUGGUGGGGAGGAUGACAAACGAAGGUUGGCCAAAAUGAGCGAAAAGGAAAGAGAGGAGGAACUAUUUAAGCGAGCUGAAAGGCGCGAUGCUAUACGAGCACGCAGGGCUGUCAAACAGAAACUGAAGGAAAAGAGAGAAAGAGAAAAAGCCCAACAGGCGGCUUCCAUGUCCAAGCAAACUACCGGAGAAAUAAACAAAUCAAAGAGAUCUGCGUACCAUAAUGUCUUUUCAGACAGUGACGAUGCAGGCAAUAGCGAUUCAAGUGGUGGUCUGGGACCGAAGGGUCUUAGGCAACGCAAAAUUGCUUUGGAGAAAAAGAAGGUAGAACACAGUUCUAAAUUCCAAGAACUCAUUGAGCGUCGAAAACGACAAGCUGCGAAAAAGCGUCGUACUCACUCAUCAGGAGAAAGGGAUCAAAACAGCGCUGGGAGUUCGUCAGACACUGAUGGAGAUAGCCCCAAACCGCAUUCAGGAAUUCAAGAAAAACAUCAAUCCAUGUCUCAGCGUGUGUUCUCUUCAGAGGCAUCAGACUCAUCUGAUUCAAGUCGAACUGGUUCUCGUCCUGUGGCUAGGCGUCAAAGCUUCUCAAGUUUAUCGGGUUCACAGAGAUCAGGUUCAUCAAGUGAGGACGACGCUCGGGGCAGGAGUCGUUCACCCGAAGACGAAUUGGUUUCUUCUUUGGAACAUCUUUCCCGUAUUCGCUUGUCUCGUUUUAAAAUGGAAAAGUGGGUUCAUAUGCCAUUUUUCGAUAGCCUAGUUAAGGGAUGCUUUGUACGUAUUAACAUUGGGUUACAUCAAGGUGUACCAAUUUAUCGUUGCGCUGAAAUUAUUGAUGUUGUGGAGACUCCAAAAAUAUACGACCUUGGAGAUACUCGAACUAAUAAAGGGAUUGUAGUACGCGUAGGAAAGGAUCAAAGUACAUUUCGUUUGGCGUUUAUUUCGAACUCCGAAUUUCAGCAAGAUGAAUUUGAUAGUUGGCUAAGGCGUAUACAUCUAGCGAACAUGAAACCUCCGACGUUAAAUUUCGUUCGGGACAAAGCUGCUGAGAUUAUCGAAGCAAUUAAUCGUCCUAUUCGAGAUGAACGAGUUGUUGAACAGAUCAUACAAUCCAAACGUCGAUUUCAGAAAGCCCCAACGAAUUUUGCUCUACAUAAAGCUGAAUUGAUCAAACAACGAGAGCAAGCAGAAGCAGAUGGUGAUACAGAAUUACUAAAACACUUAGAUAUUGAAAUAGAAGAAAUAGAGUCUCAAGCUGAACGAAUUGAAAGACGCAGAACUUUAGGCUUUAAAUCGAUCACAUCUAUAAAUCAACGUAAUCGUGCUUUGAGUGUACAACAAGCUGAAGAGGCAAUUCGUAAAGAAAGUGAAGAAGCAAUGAAUUCAAAGGAAGAGGAUCCAUUUACUCGAGUUCAUUCCCAACCAGUGAUUGUGACAAAGAAAUACUUGGAGAACUUGCGUCAUAAAAGACUUGGUGUUUCACAACGUGAUGUCUCUAAAGGUUCAUGCGAUUUAAAUCAAAGUUUCCCACCACCAUCAACACCAGAAUCAGAAUUAGGUCUAUCUUCUAAAUCUUCAAUGCUGAAUACACCCAUGGGAUGUAAUAGUAUUCUAACUGAAGCACCAGAUUCCGUUUGUUGGUCAUUGGGAGAUGAUAGCAGUAACCUGUCUACACCACAUGAUUCUCUUCAUGCUAUACAUAAUUUCGAAAUUAAUAUUGAUUUAGAUCUGGACGGUAAUAAUGAUCAACCGAAUUCUAGUAGCCGAACAGGUGCAAGUAACUCUGAUGUUCGACAGUCUACUAGUCCUAGGUCACGUGGUACUGCCAACUCCAGUCAUGAUUUUAUAAAUGGUGAUCCGCAAACACCGAUUAACGGUCCAUCUGGGAAACCAAAUCGUCGAUUAUUAAAUUUACAAGAAUACAAAAAGCGUCACGGUUUAAUUUGAUGAUUAUUUAACACAGAAAUGUUGACCUGCUUUUUCUUAAAAGAGCUUACCCAAUUUAUUACUGUCCUUUCUGUGUAUGCAUGUUUAGUACUAUUACACUAAUAGUUUACUGUGCUAUGCGUUUUUGUGGUGUAAAUAGGCUUUUAUGAAUAAUUUGUUUAUGCUUUUAACCUUUCCUUCUUUUAAAUGUACAUAAGAGAGAAAGUUAAUCAUGAAUAUCUCUUCUUUAUUUACAAUUUUGUUUUCUCAAACUAUUUUACAUAUUCGUAAUUUGUCAAGACACUUGUUACUCUUUAUGUCCACGUAUAUAGCAAAUUUGCUUACACAUCA